UUGUUGAUGUGUGUAAAUGUUGUGAUUUGCAGGUGAUGCUGAAGGAUUGAGUGUUUUCUGAUCAGUUUUCAGGGUCAGUUUAGCUGCAGUAUGUCAGAGGAAAGAGGAAAGGACUCUCUCUCUCAGAUGAGUCUCUCAGAGAAACACAGUGUAAGAUCAGGCUCACAUGUGUCCAGCUCUGUGUCUCUGAAGAGUGAUCAGUCUAAAGGUGGGAAUUUACCAAACUUCAGUGAGAAAACACCAUCAUCUAAUAAAAGUGUAAGAUCAGGCUCACAUGUGUCCAGCUCUGUGUCUCUGAAGAGUGAUCAGUCUAAAGAUGAUGUACCAGACUUCAGUGAGAAAACACCAUCAUCUAAUAAAAGGCUUCAAUAUGAAACAUUAGACUCAGACCUUCAGACUCACAGGAAACACAAGAAUUUCAAAGACAAUCUUCUUGGGAUCUUCGAGGAUCUUGAGAGCAAAAUAAUCACAUUUCUGAAGAAUGAACUGGGGAAGUUAAAGAAAAUAUUACAACAUGAGAACACACAACACUUUGUGAAGGACUUUAAUGAGAACAGAUCCAGUAUCAAAUCAGCAGCUCUUGAUCUCACACUACAUUACCUGAGAGAGAUGAAGCAAGAUGAAGCUGCUGAUGCUCUAGAAGAUGAGCUGUUCUUCAUUCAUCAGCUGAAAUGUGGCCUAAAGAAGAAGUAUCAAUGUGUGUUUGAAGGAAUGUCGAAGCAAGGUGACUCCACACUCCUGAAUAACAUCUACACAGAUCUCUACAUCACUCAGGGUGGCAGUGAACAGGUCAAUACUGAACAUGAGGUGAGACAGAUUGAAGUUGCUUCCAGACGUCAUGAAGCACAAGAGAUACAGGUUGAAUGCACACAUUUGUUUGAAGCGCCUGAACAAGACGAGGAGAUCCGAACUGUACUGACAAAAGGAGUCGCUGGCAUCGGGAAAUCAGUCUCUGUGCAAAAGUUUGUUCUGGACUGGGCUGAAGGAAAAGAAAAUCAAGAUAUCAGCUUCAUAUUUCCUCUUCCAUUCAGAGAGAUGAACUUAAAGGAGAAAGAAAAACUAAGUUUGAUGGACCUUAUAACUCAGUUUUUCCCAGAGACAAAAGGACUGAACCUUACAAGAAGGAAUCAGUUCAAAGUGCUGUUCAUCCUUGAUGGACUGGACGAAUGUCGCCUUCCUCUGAAGUUUGAUUGUAAUGAGACGUGGCGUGAUGUAUCGUCACCAGCCUCUCUGGAUGUUCUCCUAACGAACCUCAUGAAGGGAAAUCUGCUUCCUUCUGCUCUCGUCUGGAUCACCAGCAGACCAGCAGCUGCCAGUAAGAUUCCUCCUGACUGUAUCGACCGGCUGACAGAGAUACGAGGAUUCAGCGACGCACAAAAGCAAGAGUACUUCAGAAAAAGAUUCAAGGAUGAUAUUCAAGCCAACACAAUCAUAGAUCAUGUUAAACAAUCAAAGAGUCUCUUUAUCAUGUGCCACAUCCCAGUCUUCUGCUGGAUUUCAGCCACUGUUCUCCAGAAGAUUCUGGAGGAGAAGAGAAAUAAUGAUGUGAGAAACACUCAGGCUGAUGAGAUCUCUAAAACACUGCAGGAAUCAAACACUGAAGACACUCCCAAGACUCUGACACAAAUGUACACACACUUUCUCCGCUUUCAGAUCCAGCAGAGCCGCCGGAAAUAUGAUGGAGAAUACACACCAGAUGUUUCCUGGGAUAAAGACGCCAUCCUUUCACUGGGGAAACUGGCAUUUCAUCAUCUGGAAAGAAACAACCUGAUCUUCUAUGACACAGACCUGGAAGCCUGUGGUCUUGACGUCUAUAAGGCAUCAGUGUACUCAGGCAUGUGUACCCAGAUCUUUAAGGAGGAAACAGGGAUCGUUCUUGGUACCAUGUACUGCUUUGUUCACUUGAGCAUUCAAGAGUUUAUUGCAGCCCUUUAUGCACAUCUGUUUCUAGACAUCAACACGGCAAGUGUGUUUGAUCAUGAGUCUACAGAACAGGAAAACAGAAAUGAAACCAUGAUUGAUUUUCUCAAGACUGCAGUGGACAAGGCGCUGGAGAGUGACAAUGGACACCUGGACCUUUUCCUUCGCUUCCUCCUCGGUCUGUCACUCCAGUCCAAUCGACGACUCUUACGAGGUCUGUUGACACAGCGAGACGGCACUGACCAGAGCAACGAGGGGAUAGUUCAACGACUCUUACGAGGUCUGUUAACAAAGAGAGACGACUCUGACCAGAGGAACAAGGAAAUAGUUCAUUGCAACAAGGAGAUAGUUCAGUACAUCAAGCAGAAAUUAGAAGCUAAUCUUCCUGCAGAGAGAUCCAUCAAUCUGUUCUACUGUCUGAAUGAACUUAACGACCAAACUCUGGUGAACGAGAUUCAGACCCACCUUAGCAAAGGAAGUCUCUCAUCUGGUGACCUUUCACCUGCCCAGUGGUCUGCUUUAGUCUUUGUGUUGUUGACAUCAGAGGAAGAGCUGGAGGAGUUUGAGCUUCAGAAAUUCAAGAAAUCAGACGAGUGUCUCAUUAGAUUAUCGGCAGUCAUUAAAGCCUCCAGAAGAGCUCUGUUAAAUGAUUGUAACUUAACAGACAAAAGCUGUUCAUCUCUGGCUGCAGUUCUUGGAUCAGACACCAAUCUGAAAGAGCUGAACAUGAACAAUAAUAAUCUGCGGGAUUCAGGAGUGAAGCUGCUCUGCACUGGACUGAAGAAUAUAAAGUGUAAAUUGGAGAUACUGAGGUAAGUUGAGCCACAGGAGUCACAUGACUAGAGUGAGGUGCGAUGACUGAC